UGUGCAACACUGGCGGCCAGAGAAAAUUUUUAAGAGCAGAAGCUGGUCGUUGUUCGGGAUUUCCUCAAUUUAAAGCCAAUUUGUAGUAUUAAAGCUGAUUAAUUAUGCAGCGAAAACGAGCGCGGAUCGUGUGAAAUGCAUGCGAACGGCGUCGGUUCGGUAAAUCAGUGCAAAAUCCAGCCCAAAUGUUUGAAGUGAAAAUCCCCCCAAGUAGAGAGGCGUAGAGGAUAAGACACCAACACACCCAACCAGAUACUCCACACACACACACACACACACAUACACAUAUAUAGACAUUACACUCGUCAUCAGGAUACGGGAGUGUGUGGCGGACAAAGUGAAAGAGUGUGUCGAAAGUGAAGUGCCAAGUCAAGUGCAGCGGGGAGGGGGCGUGUGAGCCGUUAUCCCCCAAAAACAAUAUAUCGCCAGCAUGGAUGCCGAAACACAGGAAAUACGACAGGCUCGUCAACGUGCUUCCGUCAAGUGGCUGCUCUCGAAGGCCUUCAACAAUCGCGUGCCGGACAACCUGAAGGAGCCCUUCUAUCGCGACCAUGAGAAUCAGGAGCGCCUCAAGCCGCAGAUCAUCGUGGAGCUGGGCAACGCCACGCUCUACUGCCAGACGCUCUCCAAUCUGUACUCAGAUCCCAACUACCAAAGCCUGAACCACUGGUCAAUAUUACAGACGCUAGCGCGCAAGGGAGUUCCGGUGGCCGAAUCCUCGGACAUGCCCAUUACCGAAACGGUAUUAAUUCAAACGAAUCCGCUGCGAAUUAACGCCCACAUGUCUGUGAUAGAAUCGCUGAUGGUUUUGUAUGCGAAGGAGAUAUCAUCGGGUGACCGUGUUAUGGCGGCCAUACGAAGAAUAUCUGGCAGCAAUUACCAGGCGCCUCCUGGCCAGUCCUAUGAGCAAGCUCUGCUGGCGUGGAUAUCGCAUGCGUGCGCCGCUUUGAAGAAACGAAUCAUCAAGGAGGUGGAGACAGGCCUGCCAGAUGAUAAUGGCUCUCGUUUGCAGACGCCGGAUAUACCGCCUGUAAGAGACUUCCAGGACCUGUGCGACGGCAUCUGCCUGGCGCUGCUCAUCUCAUACUAUUGCCCCAAGGUGGUGCCCUGGACGAGUGUGCGGAUCAACUAUCUGCCCGCCGUCGAGGACUCCAUUCACAAUAUACUGCUGGUGGGCAAUUUCUCCCAGAAGCAUCUGCCAUACAGCGUGUUCCACAUGACGCCCGAGGACGUGACCUACAUGCGCGGAUCGAUGAAACUGAACCUGGUCGUACUGCUCACGGAUCUGUUCAAUCUCUUCGAGAUACACCCGGCCAAGUGUGUCUGCUAUCCGGGAAUGGAUGGCCAGGUUCCGCACUCGAAUUCAUUCGGCGGAGGCUUAAAUCGAAGAUCAACCCCGCCCAACGAAUACCAGACGGUCCAGACCAAUAAUUUCGACACUAAUCAUGCCGAAGCGUUCGUCGUUCACAAGUCGCGUGGCAUCACCACACUUGCAUCCAUGCACUCGCAACAGCAACAGCAGCAGCAACAGCUCCACCACCAGCAGCAGCAGCAACAGCACCACCAGCAACAACAGCAAUACCAGCAACAACAAUCACAGCUUCAGCUUCAGCAGGAGCCCUUGGUUCCAGCUCGCUUGCGCCAGGCUAAAGAAAAGACCAAUGUCGAUUCAAAGGCGGAUGAAAGAGGCGACUAUGCCGCCGCGGGUCGACCAAGUAACUGGGAACAGAGCCGGCGGCCGAGCUUUGCAGGUCGUCGCUCGCGCAGGAACUCCUCCAGCGAAGACUCCCAGCUGACCAUUGAGAACUUUGGCGGCUCCCAGGACCAGUUAAACACGCUGGGGCGAUACGAACGUGAACGGGACAGGGAGCGCAAGUUGUCCAACACCAGCGUAGUUGAACCCGCUGUGGCCAUACGCUCCUCGAUUGCCGAUGCCCGUGGAACGCUGCAGUUGGGCUAUGACACGGAUUCGGGUUCUGAGAAGCAGGACCGCGAAACGGAAAAGUAUUCGAUGCGUCGACAAGCAAGUGUCGACAAUGUGCCAACGGUGUCGUCGCACAACCUCUCGAACGCUGGCAGCCCGCUGCCGACGGCCCGGCACAAGCAACAUUCCAUCGACAAGGACUACAACAACAGCAGCAUGAUGGCGGACGGUGGAUACAACGAUGCUCGCUCCACCAGUGGCUACGAUCCGGAAAGCACGCCCGUUCGGAAGUCAUCGACGAGCAGCAUGCCGGCCAGUCCAGCCGCCUGGCAGCUGGAUGUCGGCGAUGAUGACAUGCGCUCGCUGGAGAACGCCAGCAAGCUGUCCACCAUUCGUAUGAAACUGGAGGAGAAGCGGCGUCGCAUCGAGCAGGACAAGCGCAAGAUAGAGAUGGCUCUGCUGAGGCACCAGGAGAAGGAGGAUCUCGAGUCGUGCCCGGAUGUAAUGAAGUGGGAGACCAUGAGCAACGAGUCUAAGCGCACGCCCGACAUGGACCCCGUGGACUUGGACAAGUACCAGCAAAGCAUCGCCAUUAUGAACAUGAACCUUCAGGAUAUCCAGCAGGAUAUCCACCGCCUGGCCACGCAGCAGAGCCAAAUGCAGGCCCAGCACCUGCAGGCCCAGCAGCUGAUGCAGGCCCAGCAAAUAGCCAACAUGCUGAACCAGCAGCAGACCUACGGGUCGCAGCAGCACCUGGCCGAUCACCACUACCAGCAGCCGAGGCCCAUGCAGCAAAGCUUUGGCUCAUCGCCGCAUCUUCCGCAGGCUUACAACUACAGCUCCCGUCCGCCCAGCCGCGAUCCCUACCAGCAGCACCAGCAGCAGCAGCAGCCCAUGGCCAUGCCCCAGCCGAUGCAGUUCGUCAACGAGCACGGCCAGUACAUGUCGCCGCCGCAGCCCGCUCACUACAUGUCACCCCAGCAGCAUCAGCAGCAGCCGCAGAGCAUCUACAGCGACAAUGGAGCUGCCUACAACCACUCGCCCUACGGCGGAGCCCCACCGCCGCAGUACAGGAGCAGCGUGGUGUACGAUGACUACGGCCAGCCCACCAAUCACUUUUACUUGCACGAGUCCUCGCCGCAGCCACCCCAUCCCCAGCAGCAGCAGCAUCCGCAGCGACGGACCUGGGCCCACUCAGCGGCAGCAGCGGCCUACGAGCAGCAGCAGCACCAGCAGAUGCAACAGCCGCUGGUGGACGUGAAUGCCUGGCAGACGCAGCAGCAGCCGAAGCAGAAGCAGACCUGGAUGAACCGGCCGCCGUCGAGUGCGGGCGCCCCCAGUCCCGGAAGCUUUGUGCUCCACCAGAACGGAGCUGGAAAUGGUGGUGGCGGAGAGCUGCAGCACCUGUUCCAGGUGCAGGCCUCGCCCCAGCAUAGGGGAGCCAACGGAGUACAGCGCCAGCAGUCGCUGACCAAUCUGCGCGACAACCGAUCGCCCAAGGCGCCCCAGCCCAUGGGCGGCAUGCCUAUGGACUUGCCGAUGCAGCCGGAGGACAUGAUGGCGCCGCAGAGCAUUUGCUUCAUCGGUGACGAGGAGGAUGUGGACGAGCUGGAGCGCAACAUCAUUGAGUCUAUGCAGUCGACGCGCAUCUCCGACUUUGUCCACCAGCAGCAGCAGCAACACCACCAGCAGCAGAAGCUCCAGCAACAGCAGCAGCGAUUGCAGGGACACAGCGGCAGGGGCAGCAGCUCGGAGGACUACGACAGCGGGGAGAUGAUCUCUAACAAGCUGAACAUCACCAGUGGCAACCUCACCUACCGCAUUCCCUCGCCCUCCCGACCUUCCAUCCAGGCCAACAGCUUUCAGGACCCGAGAGCAGCGGCACCGGCGCCCGGAUCCGCGCCCGGCGAUGAUCAGCCACCGGAAAAGGGCUUCUACAUCUCGUUCGACGAUGAUCAGCCGAAGAGGCCAAAGCCACCGCUCCGGGCCAAGCGAUCGCCCAAAAAGGAGGCUCCGCCGGGCAGUCGGGACAGCGUGGAUCAGGCGAUAAAGCGGGAAUCCCUCAGUCAACUGCACAACAACAACAAUAUUGGGAUCGGAGGAGACGACAGCCACAACAAGACGGUCACCAGACACAGCGUGCAUGGUCUGAACAACUCCAACAGUGUCAAAUCGCCCGGAAAUGCCACCUACAACAAAUACACCGACGAGCCGCCCAUCCAGCUGCGGCAGCUCGCCGUCACUGGGGCCGUUUCGCCAACUGGCCACGAGCGCCGUCAUCUGGAAGAUGUAACCAACCAGUCGCCGCACCAGCAGCCGCCGAUGUCGCCCACGCGGCUCCAGCACAACAAUCAGGCGGCCGAGGCGGCCAGGAACAAGGCGUUGGUGAUAGGAGUGGACGCCACCAAUCUUGAUCCAGACUCUGUGGACGAGAUGGAGAGGCGCAAGGAAAAGAUCAUGCUUCUUUCCUUACAACGUCGCCAACAGCAGGAGGAGGCCAAGGCGCGCAAGGAGAUCGAGGCAUCCCAGAAGCGGGAAAAGGAGCGCGAGAAGGAGGAGGAGCGUGCUCGCAAAAAGGAGGAGCAGAUGGCGCGACGAGCGGCCAUUCUGGAGCAGCACAGACUUAAGAAAGCCAUCGAAGAGGCUGAACGAGAGGGUAAAACCCUGGAUCGGCCCGAUAUGCAUGUGAAACUGCAACCCCAGUCAUCCACCUCAACGACUCCACGGCUGCGACAGCAGCGCACCACGCGUCCCAGGCCGAAGACGAUCCACGUGGAUGAUGCCAGUGUGGACAUCAGUGAGGCUUCGAGCAUCUCUAGUCGGGGCAAGAAAGGCUCCAGCUCGAAUCUAACCGGCUACGGUCAGCUAAGCUCAAAUUCAAUGAAACGAGACUACUACAGGGGCUCGCAAGACUCCCUUACCGUAAAAGAGUCACCCGAUGAUUAUCCCAGUACAAGUUCAACUCCGAUUGGACGACGGGGAUCGUACAAAACUUCCAGAGAGCCAGCCGGCGUCGAACGGGGCCGCACUCUGUCGCGUAUCUCCGUCGCAAAGGGCAGCACGCUUAAUUUCCGGGGCCGAAAGUCAAAUUCGCUAAUGAAUCUGUGCGGUCCAAAACUCUACAAGCAACCAGCGGCCAAAUCGAAUCGUGGCAUUAUCCUGAAUGCCGUCGAGUACUGCGUUUUCCCCGGAGUCGUGAACCGCGAGGCCAAGCAAAAAGUGCUGGAGAAGAUAGCACGCUCGGAGGCGAAGCACUUCCUGGUUCUGUUCCGGGACGCAGGAUGCCAGUUCCGCGCCCUCUACAGCUACGUGCCCGAAACGGACCAAGUAACGAAGCUGUACGGCACUGGGCCUAGUCAAGUCGACGAAGUAAUGUUCGACAAGUUCUUCAAAUACAACUCAGGUGGCAAGUGCUUCUCCCAAGUGCAUACCAAGCAUCUGACCGUGACCAUCGACGCCUUCACAAUACACAACUCGCUGUGGCAGGGCAAGCGGGUGCAAUUGCCCAGCAAAAAGGACAUGGCACUUGUGAUUUAAGCAGCGAGUGGAGGAGUCACGUGGCAACGAAAGGAUGAAUGUGUCGACGGGGAGGGGAGCACAGCCGUUCGGGUGGAGCAGUUUGGCCAACGGGCGCUUGGCGCAGUUUUGGUCGGAACCACACUAUUCAACAAGUUUGCGCAUUAAGACAUCUAUGGAAACAUAACAAAACAUAAACCCAACAAGUUUUUCUAUAGGUCGCCGGGGUGUUUUUUGGUGUUCAUCGGGGUACGAGUAUAUAUGUAUGUAAUGGAAUGGCUAAUAACUAUUUGCACAUGUUUGAGAAACAAGAAAUCGGAAUUUAUGGGAAAAAUAUUGUAGUAAUUAAUACAAUGCGAUUGAAUAUUUAUUUUGAAUAUAAAAUGCAUAUAUCCAGCCUAUGAAUUUAUUGUUCACGCAAGCCUGAAACAGUAGGAGAAUUGUCUAAAAUGUAAACCACAGAACAGAACGAACCUAGAGCAGAGCACACAAAAGCCAAAUGAGAAUGUAAUGGAAUUAUGAAUUAUUAUAUCUUUUGUUUGCGAAAUUCAAACGGGGAUCGGUCGAGUGGUCGGUCAAUGCCGACGACCAUUGAUGUACGACCAUUGCUCUGUUGAUGUACGAGGAUGUACGAAGAACAAAUGUAGAAAAUCAUAUUUUAUUAAUUUGUUUUAUAUUGUUAUGAAGUUAUUCAUGUGAAAUUUUUCUUGGCCUUUGGGGGCAGGCGGAAAUGAAAUCGUGUACGGGCCGCAGCCAAAGUCGACACUAAUUUUAAUGCCACUAGCUAUUUAUUUUAACACUACUUAAUAUUUACUUUUUAUGCGUAUUUAAAAAGGAAUAAUACAACUAAUAUUUAAAGAUAUCUAUACAAAACCAGAAAAAGACUUUUGACUGCUGAAACGGAGAUCCAUUUUUCUUUUAGAUCUCAUUUUUUUUCGCACAGUCAGAUGCACCACGAGCAGUCAGACUCUAAAAGUGAACUUCACAAAUUGUGUUGUAAUUUUCAAUUGAUUCGAAUUUCGAAAUGCAUUUUGCUUCCCAUUUUGAGGCUGGCCCUAAAUUGUACUUGUAUAACUGCCAUCGCAUUACGUUUUACCUUUGUUUGCAAAUAUUCAUUUUUAAGCCCGCUCAACCGAUGCACCCUAGUCCCUAACCACCCCUCACACACUCAUCCUGUUUUAUUAAUAAAGCGAUCGAUCAAUCUA